UAUAAGCGAUGGUCGUUGUGUAUUUCUCCCUACCAUUGUUCAUAUUCAUGGUGUUCCUGGCCAUUAGUGGUUGUGUAGGAUGCUUCUACAUGGGUAAACAUCAAGCGAUAACUAAAGUUGGUGGACCGGAAAUGCCAACUGCUUAUCCGACCGCACCACAAGUCAAUCAAGGUUACAAUACUGGAGCUCAACCUUGCCCUCCUAACUAUGCUGUCUAGUCAUUAAUUGUGUACCUUGUGCGGUUUAAAAAUUAUCAUAGACCAACACUAUCUUUUGCUUGUCUUUUAGUUGUGAUAUUGUUUAUUUCUGUUUGAAUCAUUGAAUUUUAAUUGCAUAUUUGUCGACGUCUGCAUUCACAACCACCUUAUCAAAAAUAAACUUUGGAGUCAUUAUGAUGUCCAA